GACUGUACUCGCCACUGCAUGUGACACGUGACGGACAUGCAGAACUGCCUCACAACUCAUAAGUGCCACAGGUUGCCAGUCGAGCCUCUAAGGGCGAUUCUGUCACGAUGGAGUUUCAUGUACAUGUUAUCUUGCUAGCUUGCUCGCUUGCUUUAGUAGAUUCGGUGAUUCUCGGACGCCGGAGGUCGUCGUCGUCGUGGAACUUGGGAGGAUGGAACAACGUUCGUCGGUCAAGCUGGAGCACGGAGCCAGAGAAGUGGAAUCGGUGGGACAGCAGAUCCUCAGAUGGCUAUGGGUGGAACUAUGGCAACCAGAACCGGUGGGGGUCCAGGCGAGGGGUGGACAGCUAUAAGAGUAACUCCGACUACUGGAGCUCUGACAGAUGGUCCACCAGACGCGGUGACAACACCUGGAAGAGCUGGAACUCUUGGAGCGGGUCGUCCUGGGGCAGGCAGAAUCAGGGAAGGUCAAGAACGAGAACAAGUUCACGUUCCCCGACAACAAGGUCAACGACGGGUGGCAACAACGCGUGGUAUUACCAGAUGAUCUGCAAGAACUCAUACGCCCCCUUGAUGCAGUCUAAUGGCAGCCCUUUUUACUGCUCCUGGUAUCGCCAGUGUCCACAGAAUGGCGGAACCUCCUACUGGUACAGCUACCGUUACACGUGUCAGACUGUAGGAGAGGGCAGCAUGGGUCUGUGUUGUGUGGACGCAGGGGAAAUAGAGCACAGUAAUGGACUGUGGAAGUGAUGACGUCACAUCCGGUGCAAUCUCAGAUCAAACUGACAGAGGUGACGCCGCUGUGGGAGACGUAGGGGCACCUGUCAUCACCGCCCAUGCAGCUCGUCGUGUCACGACAACCAUACCAUGUACUGGCGAACAUCCGGGCAGGCAACGUGUAGAAUUAUACUGGAAAAUGUUCUGACAGUGAUCGCAGCGAAUAUUUUGUAGCCACUUCUCUUUGACAACCCUCUGCCAGAAACGUUCACCAGCCACAAGCACUUAACCGAAUAAUUAUUUCACAUUGGAAACGACAUUUUUCUUACAUUUUAACAUUAUAACUUAACAUUUGUUUCAGAAAUCAUUCUUUUUUUUUCCUUCCGGUAUGUCAGAAACAACUCUUAUAACGACUCUUUGUUUUUGUGCCACGUUCCACCGACCAGAAACUCCUUCCUGUGUUCCUGUGGUAAUCGGCCAGAAACCUUUUCCCCCAUCCUAAGCUCCAGAAAAAGGCGUUUCUGUCUUCCAGAAGCGACUAAUUGCCGUUUUCCUUUCUGCCUUUCUGCAAGAAUCCGUUUCCCUCUUCUUUCUGUCAGGAACGAGUCUUUCUCGGUUCCCUAUCUUUCAGAAACCACCACUUCCUGCUUUUCUAUCUGCCAAAAGCAACACCCACCUUACAAUAUUUCAAACCUGUUCCGUUUGUCUGUCAAUUUCUUGUGUGUACAUGUGGGAAAUUACAAUUCCUUCUUUAAGGUAGCUAGCGACGUUUAUUUCAACCAAACCGGAGUACUUUUACGAUCAUCAGCCAUUCGUGAGUGUCAUCUGGCUGGAUGUUUCUGCGAUCAUUUACAGAACAGUUCCUAAACGUUAUGUAUUUGUAUGUAGGAGUCUUGUACCUAUAUACCCCCGGAUGUUACCACUAUAUUGUAUCAUGGUUGUAUCAAUGUUUGUAUAAUUAUUAGCCACAAUCAACUUGAAUAAAAACCUUUAAAUUGG